AUGUCUGUUGACAAUAAAGAACCUCUCAUUAAGGUAGCAAUGACUACCUUGGGCUCAAAGAUUAUUAACAAGUGUCACAAACAGAUGGCGGAAAUCGCAGUUGAUGCUGUUCUGACUGUUGCCGAUUUGGAAACUAAGGAUGUCAAUUUCGAGUUGAUCAAAGUUGAAGGAAGGGUUGGUGGAAAACUAGAAGACAGCUGUCUAGUUAGAGGAGUAGUAAUAGAUAAAACAAUGUCCCAUCCACAAAUGCCCAAAGUACUGAAAGAUGUUAAGUUGGCAAUCCUCACCUGCCCGUUUGAACCACCAAAACCCAAAACGAAGCACAAGUUAGACGUUGACAGUGUAGAAGCAUACAAGGAAUUGAGGGAAUAUGAAGCAGAAAAAUUCAAGGAAAUUGUUGGAUUAGUGAAAAAUGCUGGGGCUACUUUAGCUAUUUGUCAGUGGGGCUUUGAUGAUGAGGCAAAUCAUUUAUUACUACAACAAGAAUUGCCGGCAGUUAGAUGGGUGAUAAAUAUAUCCAUACGACUUUGCCCGGACGAGCCUUCAUCCUUAGCGACGGGCGGGCGCAUCGUGCCGCGCUUCGAAGAGCUCAGCCCCGAGAAGCUCGGCAGCGCCGGCUUGGUGAGAGAGAUCUCGUUCGGCACCACCAAGGACAAGAUGCUGGUCAUCGAGGAGUGCUCGAACUCGCGUGCCGUCACCAUCCUCGUUCGGGGUGGCAACCAGAUGCUGGUGGCCGAGGCGAAGAGGAGUCUGCACGAUGCGUUGUGCGUUAUCAGGAGUUUGGUGCAGGUUGGUGAUUGUUGA